GAUUGGUUCACACUCACGCCAUUCAACGUACAGUCAUGUCUCGAUAACGGGUCAGAUAGAUAGCGGACCAUCGGCUUAAAUCUGCUUGACUUGUAUGAAUCUCUCCUCCCGUCCCACGUUUGGACUCUCUCUUGAGGAAUAACUGUGUAUCUUCGCUGACAGUGGCUCACUGAGCGAGAUUCGGCGGACUCUCCUGUCACCGGAAACACUCUGCUCAUGUUUACAAUGAGACGGUAAAAAGAACUAAAGAGCCUGUAAAUAUAAGAAAGAAAAGGUGUUUCCAGCCCGAUAACCCGGCUGUCAAACAGAAGAGGACCAUAGAUGUUCUUCCUCACCAGCGCGGGCAGCGUCUGAAAACAAAACAAAGCCAUCCAGAUGAUGUCAGGAAAGCAUUUUAAGGCUCAUGAAGUGAGCUGCUGCAUCAAGUAUUUCAUUUUCGGUUUCAACAUCAUCUUCUGGGUAAGUCCUCUGUUUGCUAUUAGUGAUAUUAUUAAGGCCUCAGGUUAAUGCAGGAGUGGCAUGACAUGUUUUUGUCUCCAACCAUCAUCAGCUUUUGGUUCAUAAAUCCGUGACAGCAGGGUGCUUUUUCUCUUUAUUCCCCCCUUUCUUGUUGGUUUUAAUUGGGGACAUGAUGAUUUCAUCCCUGUGAGCUCACUCUCUCUCUCUCUCUCUCUCUCUCUCUCUCUCUCUGCACUUGUCCCUGCUGUCACCUAUCAGCAACACGCUUUGUUUCUGUGCAGAGAUAAGCAGUGAGAGGGAUGGAGGAGGACUCACUUUGUUUACAUCAGGUAUACCGUGUAGAGAUGGUUUAUUGUUAGAGUCAAAGCAUACAGUUAUCACAGUGGUCAUCAUCAUUCAUGACAAUCAGGAUCGGAUUGAAAUCAGUGGGAAAACAGACCUCUCCUUUUGUGCUCAGUAACCCCUUCUGAAUGCACUACAGGCCUCUAAUUACCAGUGUUGGCCGUCUUAGGUACUAUUGUGUUCAUUGUGAAGAAGUGAAAGGAUCAUUAAGGAUAUGGUCAAGUCAUUUAUUAAUAGCAAUCAAAGUAUUAAGAACAACAACUGUUCCCUGACAUCUUUUUCUCCUGACUUACUAAUUAUAUGUCUGUGGUAUAUCUGAGGUAAGAUGGUCAUCAGUUUGUAAGAGUCAAAAACAUCAUUUUAAGAUAAGCCCCUAUAAUCCAACUGAUUUAUUUUAUCAAUCAAUCAGUCUUCAACCAUGUAGCAAGAAAAAGGAAUAAAAGAAACUAAGAAUACCCAAAUCUACCCCAGCACAAGAUUAAGAGAAUAGCCAAAUGUACCCCAGCCCACCCCCUCAUUGCCGCCCUACUAUCUAAACGCAUCAGAAACAGUAUUAAAAUGCAUGAACUUAAAAAGAUCUUGAUUUUGUGGAAACAGGAAUGUGCGCACUGGGGAAACGUCAUUUAAAAACUCAAAAUAAGGAAACACUGGAGGUUUAGGUUAAAAUCUAAAAACAAAGUAACAUAGAAUGAAGUGAUGUAUAAAAUGAAAUAAAAGCAACAGUUAAAGAUACGAAAGUAAGAGCACCAAAAUAGCUCAAUAAAAGAUGAUCCUGUCAUUAAAACUAGAAAGAGAUAAAUGCUAAAACACUUAAAGUUAAAGAUAUAAAAUGUAGUUAAAAGCAAGACCAAAAAGGUAUGUUUUAAGUUUCAGUAAGAUCAUUAAGAUUAUUACACUAACUGACUGAUCAUCGCAGCUGAACAGAUCAAAGAUGGGUGAUGUGGAUUAGACCUUUAAUAAUCACUUAAAACCCACAUAAGGAAUUUUUGACUGACUGAUAGUGAAGCUUAUAAAGGUAAACAAAACCACUGACCUGAAACAUCCGCGAUUUAUUGUUAUGUCGCUAUUUUUUAUGCCGGGUACCAACAAAGGCGCCAAGGAAGACAAUGGCAGGAGGAUGAAGAAAUCGCCUUAUUUGUUUUUUAGCAACUGUUUACAUUGUGAGUGAAACAUUUCAUAGUUAGAGGUAGGGCUGGGCAAUAUAACGAUAAUGAUAUAUCAAAAAUUAAUUCCCCUUAAUGUCAAUACAAAACAUGGUCAGUAUGCUUUUCGAUUGUUGGCAUUCCGUUCUUGCAAAGUUAGGGAAUACGUCAAAUCUUUUUCACCACCUGAAGCAGUGCCACUCGCCAUAGCACGCGCAAUGAAAAAGGUUACUGACCCCGGGCGGGGCAAGGAGCUCAUGGCGCCUGUGCAGCCGAAACAGCCGACCAUUCAGUUCGCUUCCUCUAGCACAAUGCCUUACGACAAAAUGUCAAAGAGACACAAAGACCUCACAGAUGCAGUAGCUUAUUGUAUUGCAAAAUCGUGAUAUAUCUCGAUAUCGACUGAUCUGAAAAAAAUAUAUAUUGUGAUAAACUUUUUCCCGUGUCGCUCAGCCCUAGUUAGAGGUAAGCAGAUUGAGAUUUCUUUGUCAGAAAACACUGCGAACACAUGUAGAACAAAAGAUGUCAGCAAAGAUGUAAAAGGUACCACUUUGUCCAGAGGGGGCAUCAAAGCUGAAAGUUCCUCACCAGAGUUGGAAUUAAGUGUUUGACCGGGAAGUCAAACCAAUUUAUUGUUGAAUCAGUUCUAAACUGUUAGGCUUGAGCUUUUUCUGGGUCUACCUUUGAAGGUGCCGUGUGUAGAAAUAUGAAUGUUUGGCGAUAAUGAAGUUUCUUUCUUACACUAGAUUAAAAACCCUCCUUCCUCCUGUGAUGCCAGAGAAGUAUGAUCCUUUAUUUGUCAAGUGUUAACUUUAAAAAAAGUCUACCAGUACAAAUUACUCAGUGGACAACAACCACUUCUUAUGAUUAUUCUCCUCCUCCUCCUCCUCCUCCUCCUCCUCCUCCUCCUCCUCCUCCUCCAACUGGUGCAUGUGUAUUAAGGUUGUCGGUUCCUACCACGUCUGUUCUGUUAAAUACCCCAAAGUGGGUGUAGGAUAAAUAUUGUAUAAAAUAUUGAGAUGAUGAUGUAAACUUGUGGCUGAUACAGUAAAUUAGACUCUUUAAAUUUUUACAUCCUAAUAAAAUUCAUGUGAAUAUCUAUCAUACAAAUCAAUAAUCGAAUGGUUGUUUUGCUUUUUCAGCUCAAAACAGGCUCUUUUGACCACACUGGUAUAAAACUAAUACUGUCAAAGAUUCUGAUCAGUAUUUCUGUAGAGAGCUGUGACAGUUUGCCAGUACAAGCGGAAUCAGGAAACAAGUCAGCUAAAUCAAAUUUGGGCUUUAAGAGUUUUAACUACCUCAGGUUUUUCUACAUGUUACAUGUCAAACUAUCUCAAAUGGAAUCAGAGAUCCAGCAACAUUUAUCAAAUCUCCACCUUCAAAGAAGCACAAACAUGUAUUUAGGAGAUUUAUUCAGUCCCAUUAUAUCUUUACUGCCUCUCUGAAAUAAGUACAACCCGACUGUAUGUUUGUGGCCUUUUAUGGAGCUCAGAGUGAUGAAGACGAUGGCCACCUGUCAGGCCUCUCUGAGGCUCUCAGCCAACCAGGCAGUGAGUGAACCCUGUGGUCCUGUCAACAUUCAUAUAUGAUGAGAGGAAGUGAGCUGUGUCAGGAGCAUCUGCUCCUCUGUCCUCUUAGUUAAUCUGGAGAGUGCUUUAUAUUUAUAUGCAGGGGGAAAUCCGUCACCAGGAUCAGUCUGUAAAUGUGUCUGACACAAAGUUUCAGUCACAGAGAGCCCUUUAAAUCACUUCAGUAUUUGGUACUUAGUAUUACAUAUUUAGAUUGUUGACCCUGUUUACUGAGUUUGUCUUCAUGCUGAAACAUUGCUAUUUUAUCUGAUCAGGACAUUUUUUAUGUGACCUUUAUUUGAUCGAUCAACAACCACAUGCAGCUUCAAACUUGAAAGGAACCUCCACCGUGCUUCACUGUUGCCUGCAGACACUCAUUAUUGUCCUGCUCUCCAGUCUUUAAGCGAACAAAGUGCCUUUUGCUGCUUCAGCCAAAUAUUUCACAUUUUGACUUAUCAGUCAAGAGCACCUGCUGCCAUUUCCUGCACCCCUGCUCCUAUGUUUUCAUGCACAGUUGAGUUGCUUGGCCUUGUUUCCAUGUCAGAGGUAUGGCCUUUUGGCUGCAACUCUUCCAUGAAGACCACUUCUGGACAGACUUCUCCAGUAGACAGUAGAUGGGUGUAACUGGGUUCCACUGGUUUCUGCCUGUUCUGAGCUGGACAUUUCCUAAUUUCAAGGGGAAAUCCUCAACAUUGUCCGUUUCUUUGUGCUUUUUCAAAAGAGCUUGAACAGCACAUCUUGAAACACCGGCCUGCUUUGAAAUAUUUGUCUAGGGGUGACCUUUCUGAUGCAGUAUUUGAAGACAAAGGGUAGUAACACCCAAUACUGGUGUGAUUUACAUUUUUCUUCUGUUCGCUCACUUUGCAUUUUGUAAAUUGAUCAAAAUAAACAAUCAUUAUUCAUAUUUUCGAAAGCAUUCUUAGUUUACAGCAUUUUUCACACCUGCCUAAAACUUUUGCACAGGACUGAACGUAAAAUAAGGGUUUGUCAUUUAUCCAAACGCCCAAACACGUGUAGGAGGUCAUAUUUUCAAUGGGAUUACCUUCAGCAGUAAAGAUACAAGGUCAUCUGGUUGUUACAAGUUUUUGAGAAGACCUCACUUUGUUUUUUUGAGUAUUUCAAACUAGAUUUAGAUCCAGUAGAGCUGUUUGUAAAAAGUGACAUGCUGUUUGAAGCUCCUGCUCUGCUUUUUGCGUCAUGGGUGUAGAUAACAGUGUCAUUAGCAUUAAGGUGUAAUUUUGCUUUAAUGUUCUCACUCGUCAUUUUUAAAACCAGAGAACAGAAUGGGUCCUAAAAUAGAACCCUGCGGGACACCUUUAGUGAUCUUAAGAACAACAGAUUUAUGGUCCUUUGCAAAGAAACAGUGAGUUUGAUCUGUAAAAUAAUAAACCUGUUUACAGUCUUAAAACCCUAACCAGCGGUUCGAGGUUGAUUAGCAGCAGUUCAUGGUCUCCUGAUUAAAAUGGACUGAUCUACAUAAAAGCAGCAGGAUACUGUUUUCUGUCCAGGGCACCAAUCAGACCAUUCGCAAAACAACCAUGGCAGCAGUGAUGGUACUGUAACCUGAUCUAGAACCAAUGUUUUCAUGUAGUAAUACUCAUGUUAAAACUUCUGUUAGAUGGCAUCCUCCACUGAAUUAUAAAUGUCUAAAAUGCUAAAAUCUGCAAUCAUGAUAAUCAUACCGUGUGUUAUGAGCAUUAAGAAUAUUUUGCUAAAGUUCAAUAACUUGCAAGCUCUAUUUUUUCAGCUUUGUAAGGCAUCUUGUGGUCUUUAUCAACGUUUUUUCCCUCAAUUGUAAUAACCACAUAUUUUAUUGCCUCCAAAAGAAUUAAAGUUAAGGUUUUCAUCUAGCAGAGGCUCAUUAAAUCAAAAUAUAUCUUAUGGUACAGCACAGUGUUUGUUUUUGUUUAAUUUAUCAAAUUUUGUAAAAUUUCUGUUGUGUGAACUUGUUUAAAGAUAUGCUCUGCAGAAUACCCGGAACAAUUCGUUUAAGAAAGAUCCAAAAAGUUGCUUCUUUAGUUUGACGAGUAGCGAAAACAAUCAGGUGGAACUGGAAGGGUCGGUUUCGUCAAAUAAAUCAUCUCUAGAAGCCAGUUUAAGAGAUUCCUAAAUGAGAAUUAAAAGUGUAGACGUCUGAUAAACACCAUCCUCAGUCCUGUUUCACUCCAGUCCACUGUGUGUUGUUUUAGUCAGAAUAUGAGGUUUUCAGACAGAUGCACACAGGCUGUCAUUCCUCUAAUUACCAUCUUUAUGAAGGCCUCUGAUGUGGUUUUAAACUUUUACACAGUAGGUGGAAACUUGUACAGUCAUAAUGUAUCCAAGCUGUGAAAAGAUGCUUUCUAAUGUGGGAGUCCCUGCUGAUCCUGCAGACUGAGAUGAGAAAUAUUUAGUAAUGGACGACUGCCAGGAAAAUCUCUGUGUGGUUAGUCUCCGUGCUUCUGUGUGAUGACUACAUGUUGCAUUCACAGUGAAAUAAUCCCCUUUCUGUCUUCUCUGUCUGUCUCUUUCAGUUUCUUGGAGUGGCAUUCCUCGCCAUUGGGUUGUGGGCAUGGAGUGAGAAGGUGAGUUUAUUGCACAUAAAUGGAUUCGUAGUAUAAAUCUAUUUAUAAAUGGACACCUUAAAAUGAGUGAAAAACUCAGCCGAUCAUUUACAUUCAGGUCCUGUUGUUUGUAUCUGUCUGUCUGCUUGUAAUGCUGCCUGUGGCUUUACUGAAUCAGAAAGGAAUGUCAUGCUUUCCGGUGGGACGCCCUCCGAACAAUGGACAGCAGAAACGAUCUGAUGCAUUUCACAGAUUCAUUCAUUGUGUAUUCUCAGAAUCAGGGGUGUGAAAGGGGGACAGACAGUCCAGUGAGGUUUUGAAUGUAUUCACUCGCACUGAAUGGCGCCCAAAGAUCAGGCUGAUCUCUCAAGAUUAUUGCUCUGUCUUUGGAAACAGCUGCAACGUAUAAUUAUUUUCAUAAUCCUUGAAUCCAGUAAUUAUCAUGUCGAGCACUGUGUCUGUUAUUUUGUCAAUAAAGAAUGAAAAGAUAGCUGAGCGUGCGAGUUGUGACAUUUAAUAUUCAUUUUACAACAAAAUCAAACAAAAGUGAAGUUUAAAUCCUCGUGUCUGUGAAGAUCUAUAUCCACAGAAAUGAGCUUUUUUUUAUGAAGGUUGUUAUUGGCACAUUUUGGGUAGCAGUCUUGUAUUUUUAGAGGCAAAAAGUUUAAAAGAUUAAAAAUGUACCUCUCUUAUGAGUGAGAAUGAGGCUGGAACAGUUCGUUACCUCAGCCUAACACUGAAAAGAGCUUUAGCUGCCUGCAGGUAGCAUCAACAGAUAGGUAAAGUAGGGUGACCAUAUUCUGACUCCCCAAAAGGAGGACACGACUACGCGGGGGCGGAGUCACGGAGUCGCACAAAGUGAUUUUUGAGAGUUUUUUGGGUCAGAUCGAGUGUCUUUUAUGCGCUUCUAACUCAAUAAAUUCGAAUGACACAAAAUUAAAACUUACGUACAAAACUGCGGACAUUUGCAGGAGUUUAUAAACUUCCCCCGACAACAAAGCUGGACAAACCCGGACAGCCUGGACAUGUCUUGGUAAAAGAGGACGUAUGGUCACCCUAGAUAAAGACUUAAGAAACCUCCAUAAAACCACAUCUAUUAAUUCUUUUAUUUGGUCAUAUAAAACAGGAAAGUAGUAACGUUUUAAAAACUGAAUAUCUGUAGUUGGUAGAAGGACAGCUGUGUUGUCUUUGGAGGUGUUGAGGUUUGCUGUUCCCCCUGAUUUCAGCCUUUCUUCUAUAGUCAUGUAGCAGACCUCUGAUAAAUACUAAUUCUGAUGUCAGUCAAUUUAUCAACUUAUAAUUCAAACUUAUCAUAUUUUUAACUUUGCGACUGUGGGAGGAAGAGGAGUAGCUGUGAAAUUCGCUUAUGUUUGACUCUUUUUUUCGUUUAUUACCUGCUACGAUGAAGCUCUAAGAGACAGUGGAGUUUAGUGACAAUUGUAACAACUUCCUUGGCAUCUUCUUAAAGCUUUAAACUCCUAAUUUUGUUUUCAGGGCGUACUCUCCAACAUCUCAUCCAUCACAGACCUGGGUGGUUUCGACCCAGUCUGGCUCUUCUUGGUGGUGGGUGGUGUGAUGUUCAUCCUCGGCUUCGCUGGAUGCAUCGGAGCCCUGCGAGAAAACUCCUUCCUGCUCAAAUUUGUAGGUUUUCUUUUUUUUUUGAGCAGAAACAAAAGAUAUUUUCUGAAGGAAAUUUUUCCCCUUUGUCUCAUAAUAUUUUCUAAAACUGUUUAUGUGUUUCAGUUCUCUGUGUUCCUGGGUAUCAUCUUUUUCCUGGAGCUGACUGCUGGAGUUCUGGCUUUCGUCUUCAAAGAUUGGAUCAAGGACCAGCUUAACUUUUUCAUUAACAACAACAUUCGGGCCUACAGAGACGACAUCGAUCUGCAGAACCUGAUAGACUUCACUCAGGAAUAUGUGAGGACGGUGUUUACUCAUCCAGUGUUGUUGAUUUAACCUCGGCUAAACCAUGGUUCAGAAUUUCUGCGGGACAUUGGCGACGUAUGUUUGAGUGAUUUUAUGUCUGUUUAACCCCACAGUGGGAGUGCUGUGGAGCUUUUGGAGCCGACGAUUGGAAUUUGAACAUCUACUUCAACUGCACUGAUUCAAACCCAAGUCGUGAGAAAUGUGGGGUCCCCUUCUCCUGCUGUACCAAAGAUCCAGCGGUAUGUCCUCUGAAAAUUCCCCACAAUUUCGCUUUUGUGACUUACAGCCAAGCUACUCCCAUUUAUGGUCACACCCAGCAAGUCUGUCAGAAUAAUAUGGGAGUUUAUAUGUCUUCGAGUUGAGUUUGAGAAGGCCACUAUCUAACAUUUUCUAACUUUAAGUACUAGCAUGUGAAGAGGACGUUAUGCAGGUUUGCUUUGUGACAGAUAUCGGGGUUAUUUGUGUCCUCCAGAAGGCCGCUUCAGGCAGUAAACUGUCAUGGCUGACUUCCAACAGGACAUCCAGGCCUCAGCGCUCAGUCCUCCCUGACUCUGCCAGCACUGCAAAGUCUGAGAGCAGCUGGGAGGAGUUAUCUUGACCAAGGCCAGAAAACUGCUCCGACUGCUACUCCCCGUGCAAAGCAGUGACAGAGCUCUGCUUCAGCAAAAAACAGCCGUGCUCCACUGUAACGAGAGUUGCAUAAGAAUGUUUUUUAUUUGCUGACCUGAGGACAUCCUGUUCCACCAAGGUCAACCUCUUUUAGAGCAACACUUUGUAAUAAAUAGCAGAUUAACUGUUGAAUGAAAUAGGAGUUCAACAGCACAUGACGUUCCCAGAGGCAAUUCUCCUUCGCAGCUGAAUUUGUUUCCCUGAAAGAACACAAGGAGCUCGACAGAGGGAUGGUUUUAGUGUUGCGUACAUUUUUGAUAACCCGACAGGAUAUGUCCAGCAUUUUGAUAUAUUUCUUCCUGUUAUCAAACACAACAAAAAAGCACUACUAAAGUCAGCUCUUCGGAUUGUCUGCGACCCUUGGACACCAUCCUUUUUGUUUCUAACAAAUGACAAAAGAAGUUAAUCCCCUAAAAGUUACUUCCCUUUGCAUUUUUACGGGGUAGUUAUCAGUCCAUUGCUCAAACGGUCAGCAGAUUGCUUAAACAAGCUCAGACGGCUUCCUUGUGGCAGUGUAGAGUGAGAUAAGAUAGUCUUUUUUGCUGUUUUUCAUUGUCUUAACAUUCAAAUCAAGUUUAAGUCCGGUCUUUAAACUUGUGAUCUCAGUCUGACUCAGAUGGAACUUCUGAGUUUCAUGUCUGUACUGCCGGUUUGCGCAAAUUUGCAAAAGUUCAGUGAGUUCACUGCUGUUCAACACACAUCUGGUGGCAAAACACACUCCAGUGACUACACUCUGGACAGCAGCGGAUUCAAACAGUUUUGAAUGAAAAAAAAAAUGCUUUUUCACACUCCCUCCCAUUUCUCUAAACGUCUGCACAAUCAGUCUCAGAAGUGGACUAUUGAACCAACAGAAAAAUGAUUUACUCUGGUUUUAGAUUACGUCUCACUUUGAAAAUAUGAGCAUGAGCUAAUUUUCCUCUUUUUCCAGGAGGACGUUAUCAACACUCAGUGUGGAUACGACAUCAGAGCGAAAACGGUGAGUGGCUGACAGAAACGUCUGUUUAUGAAAGAGAGUGAGAUCCUCAUCUAAAGUAAGCAGUUCCUAUAAAACAGAAUGAAGAACAGAAAAUGCUUUCCCCUCUCCCUUUCUCUUUUGCCCGGCGCAGGUUUGUUUAGCCACAUGAUGUCAUGAGGUACUCCACCCUGAGUACAAUAUUCCUCUUUCUGUGUGUGUCCAAACUCUCAUUUCUUCAAAAUACAGCAGCUGGCUCCCCAUCAGCACUUUGGGCCGUGUGGUAUUACUCAUGCUGCAGAAAUGCAGCGGGAAUUGAACCCCCUCCCCCAUCAUUAGCUUUGGCCUUACUUCAUGGUAGCAUAAUGUAAGGAAAAGGCUGUGUUUGUUUUUGUGACCUAAAAUGUGAGGAGAAAGCCGGAGUGAACCAGUUUUAACAAGCAAAGAUCAGGAAAACUGUGGCUGAAGUGAGUGUUUACUAGCAGGCAGCAUCAUUUCAGAAGGAGUCUUUCAUUAGGGGCUUAUAUGGAGACCACAGGAUGGGAAGACAAUCAUGUGCUACCACUGAAAAAUACUAUUUUGAAUUUUUUAAUGAAUCCUGAUCCUAGAUACAGAAUAUUAGGGCCAAAUUAAGAAAAAUAAAUGAAGACUUCUAGAUUGAUUUACGAGAAUAAAGUAGUUACUGACGAGAAUAAAGUCAUAAUAAAGUAAUUACUUACGUGAAUCAAGUCCAAAUAUAAUCAUUAAUUAAGGGAAUAAAGUCAUGAUAAAAAAAUUACCUACGAGAAUAGAGUCGGAUUAAAAUCAUUACUUACAAGAAUAAAAUCGUAAUAAAAUCAUUACUAACGAGAAAUAAAGUUGUAAUAAAAUCAUUACUCACAAGAAUAAAGUCUUAGUAAGGUCAUUACUUAUGAGAAUAAAGUCGUAAUAAAAUCAUUACUUACAAGAAUGAAAUCAUAGUAAAAUCAUUACUUACGAGAGUAAAGUCAGAAUAAAGUCCUUAAAUUCUAACCUGUUGUUUAAGAUGAGAGUUGUUGAAAUGUGAGCCAUGGAGCAUUUUGUGAAAAUGUACUUAAAUAUAGAUUUUAUCAAACAAGGAGAUACUUAAUCUUUUGGCGCACCAGAACCACAUUAUCAUAAGUAUCAUAAUGAUUUCAUUACGACUUUGUUCUCGUAAGUAAUUAUUUGAUUACGACUUUAUUCUCGUAAAACAUGAUUUUAGUACAACUUUAUUCUCAUUAAUAAUCACUUUAUUCUCGUAAAUUAACAACUUUAAUUUCGAUGUCUAAAUUUUUUGUUUCUUAAUGUGGCUCUAAUACUUCAUUGUAAAUAAUUUAUAGAUCUACAACUUUUUCAAAGGAGUAAGAUGGUUAUGAGCCAAAAUGUAUGUAUGUAUCUGUCCUGAGUUGUUCGGCUUGUUUAUAACAGUUGUAUGUUUAUCUCCGUGCGUUGUGUCAGGACUCUGAGCAGCGGACCUUCAUCUAUAUCAAAGGCUGCGUUCCUCAGUUUGAGAAGUGGCUUCAAGACAACCUGACGGUGGUGGCAGGCAUCUUUAUUGGGAUUGCAUUACUACAGGUGUGGAAAACCUUCAAAGGUUUGGAUCAUCUUUUGAUCUUUGUCAAGUACCUUUACGUCACAUAUGUGUUUUUUAUUGCAGAUUUUCGGCAUCUGUUUAGCACAGAACCUUGUGAGUGACAUUGAAGCAGUGAGAGAGAGCUGGUGAGUGGAUACAGUUUCUUAGAUCCGGAGUCUUAAAGACGGCUCAUGCUGUAUAUGGUGCAAUCUUCAACAAUGAACAUUUAUUCAUUUUUAUUUCAUACUUUAUUUCCUUCAGUUAGAAUAUAAAACAUUCAAUACAAACAAGGAAAAAUCUCAAACAUGAAUGAAAAGGAGCAGAAAGAAGAAAAUAUCUUACAGAGUCUGCCCCUCCAACUAAACACGUAAUAAAGAAAUAAACAAGAGCUGCAGGCCAACAAGAAGACCUCAGGUGAGUCCAUUACAGCAGCGGGGUGACGCAGCUCAAGGAAGAACAUUUAUGAUCAUUUCUUCAUGGAAAUGCAAUCAGACUCAGAUGCUAAGGCAGAAGAACUACCGCGUCUUCCUUCCUGUUCUUCCUUGAGCUGCGUAACCCCGCUGCAGUAAUGGACUGACCUGAGGUCUCCAUACAAACAAGCAGCUGCUGGAGGAGAGUGGGUGAGUUGUGUUUAGUCUCUUUGCUAAAGAAAUCAGGCAAAGCUAAGAAGAUGUUUGGUGGCUAGUGCUAUGACUGGGACCCUGUAUGUACUGUUGUUGAAUUAAGGUGUUAUUCUGAGCAUUAUUUGUGGCUAUAGAGCGACGUUUUGGUUGUGGUGUGCGCCUGGCUCCUGAGACCACUGUGGUGUGCUAUCUUGGGGUUGUUACUUAAGUUUGUAUAACUAGAGGAACAAGGUGUCCGCAACAUUCAUCUCUCGAUGGGGUGUCUAACUCGGUGUCACAGUGUGUUUGACCCUAACUAAAUUUUACCCCCCGAAUAUCCCUUUAAUGCUGUUCGUUCAGUCAGUGUGCUCUUACCUACAGAUUUAAACUGUUCUACUUUAAUUUUUUAGGACUACUUUCCAUUUAAAUGAGCAUAUCUUAAUUAUUUUGCACCAUUUCUUAAAUCCUUGCCCUUUCUUUUGCAGUUUGUUCACCUAAAACUCUGACAGGACCUUCAAAGGCAAGAAGGAUGUUCCAGGUAAGCACAUUUAGAUUUUUAAUACUGAUGUUGCAGCAUUCAUCUAUGUAUAGAUUUAUUGAUCAGGUCUAUUUAUUCUCUCAUGUGAACUGUGUUUGUAUUGUUUUUUUCCUCUGUAUAGGGCUCUGAAUUUUGGACUCCAGCAACGAAGAAGACGAACCAAUCAGCUUAUGUGUCCACAACAGAGUCUCAUAUGUAAAUAGUAAAUUUAGAGUUAUUUUUUGAGUGAUUUGUGGCCCCUGUUUUGGACUGAUGUGCAACCUCUGAAGUGUACUGUAGCUCCCAUGCAGUACACAUGAAAAGAAUGCAGUGCUGUAAAUAAGGAGCUAAGGGAGUAGUCACUUGUAAACAGGACCUUUUAUUUGUAGAUUUAAUGUUUGGUCAGAGGUUGUGCCUUGGUCAGAAAAGGGGCCUUGGUUUUCUAUGUCUCACAGCUGCAGUUUUGAACACUGCAUGUAAGGGUCGCAUACAAAGAUGAGAGGGAUUCUGGAAAUGCACUGCAUGCCUUUUGUCUACUGGUAGGACAUUGGCUCUCCUAAAUGUAUUUCAUUAAUGUUAAGUAUUUUAAAAUAUUUGUAAAAUAGACAUUAGAUUAGAGUGGAUAGGCUGGUUAGCACUUUGUUGAAUGUUUAAAAUGGAAUCUACUUAAAGCUACAGAGAGUUUACUUUAGAUUUAUCUCCAUCUGUGUUGUCAUGCUCGUUUUUCAGAAAUGCAUACACUUUGUAAGCAGAGUUUUGUCAGCUGAGGUGGAUUUGGUAACAUGUAUGUACUAUUGUAAACUGGAUGUUGUAAGCUUUGCAAAGAUGCAGUUUGGGGGAAGUGACAUUUGAAAGUUUCUAGAUUAACUAAAGUAAACCUGAAGAGCAGCCUUAAGCACUUUAAACUUCAUGUAAAAGUGAUGAAGCUCCGAGCAGCCUCUCAGCUCCUGUCAUGACAGACUGUUAUUUUAGUCACACAGCAGCCACUGGAGGGGGCACUUUUCCUUAAAAACUUUAUGAUGAACCAUAUUAUCAGAAAAUCAGUUGGAAGCUGACUGAAAGAACCAGCACAUUGUCAGUGUCGUGCCAUUUCUUGCACAUGUCCUUAUCUCAUUUUCAGUGUGCAUUGAUUUUCAUCCAUUUUUUGAGGUAUUUUCUGAGUGUCUUUGAUUAAAUCCACCAAAAUGAUGGGAUACUUUUGAUGGUAGUGUUUUGUAAUCUGUAAGCUUUCACUGGAAAAUUGAAAUACAAGCUAUGUCCAAAGCUCACAUGAAUGGCAUGCUGGGACUGCUAAGUGGCAUAAACUGAUGUAGAAAUGGUUAGAGCCUGCGCGCGCACACACACAGAUACACAUGAACAUACAUUACUUGAUAGUAGAGCACUCAUGCUCUCACACCAGCAUUCAUUUCAAUGCAAACGUAAAAUCACAGCCAUGGGAUAAAGCCUUGGUUUGUUUUUCUACAAAUAACUGAGGGUUGUCAUGUUUAGUUUGUAACUUUCAAAAGAACUGCAUGAAAGUAAAAACAGCCAUUAAAUGUAAAUGCAGUCAAACUCUUUUUCUGUAGCAUCGUCUCACUGAACUGAACAUCGUCACAGAAAAUAAACAAAAGAUUUAAAGAGUCCUACAUUUGGAAAUCGUAGAGAUACAAUACAGCAGAGAGAGGAUGAAUAUCCUUCAUUUCACUUUAAGCUUCUUUGAUUGUUGUGGACUGAUCACUUUUUUACCACUGAGUGCCAUACUUGUGAUUUCUAUGUUUUCCUGAAUAUAACAUUGCUUUUCAUGUUGAUUUUAAUUUUUGUGUGCCCUUGAUUCUGGUAAAUAGCUGCAUUGUGACAAAUUGUAAAUAUAUAUAUAAGAAUAAAUGUUGUCCUUUGUAGAAAUGUGUCUGGAAUUGAUAAAAUACAGUAAAUUAUGAUUUACUCUUGCAAUAAGAAAACAGUAAGUAGACUAAUUGUACAAAAAAAAUGGUUGUUGUUUACAACAUUGGAAAAACAUGGUCACUUUGUGAAGGUUCCCACUUACUGGGUGUUGCAUGUCUUCUGCCUAUGUGUCAAAAUGCUCAUUAGUAAAGCAGCUACUGAGAGGGUAACGUGAUACAGGCCCAUGGCGUCAUUGCAGAUGAACUGAGGUUUGGUGACACUGUUGCUCAACACCGCCACCUAGUGUCUAUUUAAAGUAAAGAUCGCCCUCUCUAAGGUGAUGGACCUCUGGGACAAAACUUAACUAAAACUAAAUAAAAAUGAUUAAAACGG